AUGAACGGACACACAGACGCACCGCAGGUGUCCUCGCGACUCUAUUCCCCCGCAACCCCACAUCUCCCAGACUUCCAGGCCAUCUGCGCGCAAACAACACAGAAAGCAACCUACCCACUCGCAGCCGAUAUCGAAUUAAAUAUCCCAAUCUACGACCUCUCAGCCCUGGAACCAAUACUCUCCGCCUCCCUCCUAUCAUCCCUCCAAGAUGAGUGGCAUCACAUCCUGCAUCAGGGUCCAGGCGUCUACGUCCUGCGCUCAAUGUAUGCGCCCUCGAAAUACGGCUCAACACUAGAAGCCACGAAUAAAGCAUUCAAUGCGAUCAUCGCCCGCGAGCGCGCUUCAAAUUCCACAAAGGGUGACCAUUUCGCCACGGGCGGCGCCAACGAUCGCAUCUGGAAUGCCUUCUCAAAACACGCCCUGCAGGACCCGGCCUCCUUCACGGACUACUACUCGAACCCGUGGCUAGCAGCCGUUUCGGAAGCUUGGCUGGGCCCGGACUACCGCAUCACAGCUCAGGUGAACGCCGUGCACCCCGGCGGAAAGGCUCAGGAGUCCCACCGCGACUACCACCUGGGAUUCCAGGAAGAGAGAGCUUGCCAGCGGUAUCCGGCGGCCACGCAGCUUACCUCGCAGUUCCUGACAUUGCAGGGGGCUGUGGCGCACAGUGAUAUGCCGGUGGCUAGUGGGCCGACGCGAUUCCUGCCUUACAGUCAGACGUACAAGCCUGGGUACCUUGCAUGGCGGAAGGCUGAGUUCCGGGAAUUUUUCAACGGGUCGUAUGUGGCGUUGCCGUUGGAGUUGGGAGAUGGUGUUUUCUUUAACCCGGCGCUGUUCCAUGCGGCGGGAGCUAAUGAGAUGGGGGAGGAUGGGUUCCGGCGUGUGGCGAACUUGUUACAGGUUAGUAGUGCGUUUGGUAAACCGAUGGAGACGGUGGAUUCGGUGCCGAUUGUUGAGAAGACGUGGGAGUUGAUGAAGGGGAGGUUGGUGGCGGCUGGGAAAGUUGCAGAUAUACUUGAUCCAGAGCUGUAUAGCUUGGAACAAAGGGAGCUGCGGGCUCUAGUGCAGGCUGUCGCAGAGGGAUAUCCAUUCCCUACGAAUUUGGAUCAGAGACCACCUGCGCCCAGUGGAAUGGCACCGGAGAGUGAGCAGGAUAUUGUGCUGCGGGGGUUGGCGGAGGAUUGGACCACACCGGAUAUUGUUGCUGCUUUGGAGCAGAUGCAUCUUGAUUCCAAAGCUUAG